GACAACCUAACCUCCAUGAAUCUAUCUAGCUCUUUUCUGAACCCUGUUAAAGUCCUAGUCUUUACCACAUCCUCUGGAAACACUGAAGAAGCUGGAAGGCUCUUGGGCAGCAAGAACGUCCGUGUCAAUUGCUUGGAUGAGCAUGGCAUGACCCCUUUGAUGCAUGCAGUAUACAAAGCAAAAAUUGACAUGUGCAGGUUGCUCUUGCGACAUGGAGCUGAUGUUAACUGCAAUGAACAUGAGCAUGGAUAUACUGCCUUGAUGUUUGCCGGACUCUCAGGCAGCAAAGAAAUCACCUGGAUGAUGUUAGAAGCUGGUGCAGAGACUGAUGUCGUCAACUCUGUGGGAAGGACAGCCGCUCAGAUGGCUGCUUUUGUGGGUCAACAUGAUUGUGUGACUAUUAUCAACAACUUCUUUCCACGGGAAAGGCUAGACUACUACACUAAACCACAGGGACUAGAUAAAGAACCAAAACUGCCAGCAAAGUUAGCUGGGCCUCUUCACAAGAUUAUUACUACUACAAAUUUGCAUCCUGUUAAGAUUGUGCUGCUGGUCAAAGAGAACCCCCUGUUGGCAGAAGUAGAAGCACUGCUGAAAUGCUGCAGGGUGUUGGAUCUGAUUUGUGAGAAGUGCAUGAAACAGAGAGAGAUGAAUGAAGUAUUGGCUAUUAAAAUGCACUAUAUUAGUUGCAUCUUCCAGAAAUGUAUUAAUUUUCUCAAAGAACGAGAGGAUAAACUGGAUGGAUUAAUCAAAAGUCUAUUGAAAGGCAGAGAUACAGAUGGUUUUCCUGUGUAUCAAGAGAAGUUCAUCAGGGAAUGCAUUCGAAAGUUUCCUUACUGUGAAGCUACCCUGCUCCAGCAGCUGGUGAGGAGUAUUGCGCCUGUUGAAAUUGGCUCUGAUCCUACUGCUUUCUCUGUACUUACACAAGCCAUUACUGGCCAAGUGGGCUUUGUGGAUGCUGAAUUCUGUACAACCUGUGGGGAAAAGGGAGCAGACAAAAGAUGUUCUGUAUGUAAAAUGGUUAUUUAUUGUGAUCAGAACUGCCAGAAAAUACACUGGUUUACCCAUAAAAAAGUUUGUAAGAUACUGAAGGAUGUCCAUGAGAAGCAAGAGCUAGAGGCUGCCAAAGAAAAACGGAGGCAAGAAAAAAAGCGAGAGAGAGAUGAAGCACAAGCAGCCAGUCUUAGUCCCACAAAUGAGGAACAGUCAGACCAUCCUCCAGAAGCUACCGAAGAAGUGGACUCUCAUCAUGCAGUUAAAAGAACAGAGGAAAGUGUGCUUAACAAACAGCCAUCAGCCCCCCAGCUUCAUCUUGACAAUCACUCUGAAAGCGAGACUAACUUAGCUGACAUUGCUGUACAAAAAGUUCAAGAAUCUGAAGAGUAAGAUGAUGGUGGCACAUGACAUGUUUUGGCUAAAAGCCCCUGUACUUUAAAUGUCAUGAGGCAUAUUCUAAGUUGAAUAUGUUUAUAACCCUCAUUGCCUAGCAUAUGCAAGACUUCCUGUGUGAAACAGCAUAUGUUUAUUUUUCCUGAGUUAAGAAACAGGCCAAUAUAAUCAUAGGUUGUCAAGACAAGUCUUGUAUUCUGGUCAAUACUACAUUUGCAUAUAUCCCCCUGGUUGUAUCUACAGUAAGUGUAGUAAAUCUAUGAAUAUCUGUGGAAAAUGAGCCACUCGUUAGUAAAGUGGGAAAAUAGUCAAAUAAUUUGGAUUGUCCCAGUAAGUGAAAGAUUUUUCUCCAUGUGCAAUAAAAGUGAAACUGAGAUAGUCAUGUGAGAUUUUAGCAGUUAAAUUACUUUACAAUUCUGCACAACAUUAUCUUUUUGAGAAUCUUCCUCUAGAUUCUGAACACUCUUCAGAUGAGUUGGUUCCCAAUAUUGGUGCACAGAAAUAUAUUAAUUUGUUUUGUGACAGUUUUCAUUAAAUGAUACUGCUGA